AGACAUUCUUGGCUCUUCUUGUGUUUAGGGUUUGUAGGGGGUUGUCCAGAUCUCUUGGUGGAAGCGAGCACCCCACUUAGCUUCCUGCUGUCUGCAAUUAUUUCCCCAGCCAUCGAGGAGUACAAGCCACAGGAUGCCACCACGAACCCAUCCCUGAUCCUGGCCGCCGCGCAGAUGCCCGCCUACCAGGAGCUGGUGGAGGAGGCCAUCGCCUACGGCAGGAGGCUGGGCGGGUCACAGGAGGAACAGAUUACAAAUGCUAUUGAUAAGCUUUUUGUGUUGUUUGGAGCCGAAAUACUAAAGAAAAUUCCUGGCCGCGUAUCCACAGAAGUGGAUGCGAGGCUCUCCUUCGACAAGGAUGCCAUGGUGGCCCGGGCCCGGCGCCUCAUUGAGCUCUACAAGGAGGCCGGGGUCAGCAAGGACCGGAUCCUCAUAAAGCUGUCAUCGACCUGGGAAGGCAUUCAGGCUGGGAAGCAGCUGGAGGAGCACCACGGCAUCCACUGCAACAUGACGCUGCUCUUCUCCUUUGCCCAGGCCGUGGCCUGUGCUGAGGCAGGAGUGACACUCAUCUCCCCCUUCGUGGGGCGCAUCCUCGACUGGCACGUGGCCAACACGGACAAGAAGUCGUACGAUCCCCUGGAGGACCCCGGGGUGAAGAGCGUCACCAAGAUCUACAACUACUACAAGAAGUUCGGCUACAAGACCAUCGUCAUGGGUGCCUCCUUCCGCAACACGGGCGAGAUCAAGGCGCUGGCAGGCUGCGACUUCCUCACCAUCUCGCCCCAGCUGCUGGGGGAGCUGCUCAAGGACACCACCAAGCUGACGCCCAUGCUCUCAGCUAAGGCCGCCCAGGCCAGCGACCUGGAGAAGAUCCACCUGGACGAGAAGGCCUUCCGCUGGCUGCACAACGAGGACCGCAUGGCCGUGGAGAAGCUCUCGGAUGGGAUCCGCAAGUUUGCUGCAGACGCUGUCAAGCUGGAGCGGAUGCUGGCGGAACGGAUGUUCAGCGCAGAAAAUGGAAAGUAGUGGCGCCUGAGGCUGGACUACGGACCCGCGCCGUCUCAGAAGCACCUCCUCAGAACCAGGGGUCCAACUGCACACGCCUAGUAGUGAAUCUUGCCUUUUUUACUAAUUGGAGUGGGGAUGAAUCACAGACUUCUGAUUUUAUGUAAAAUUCUGCUCGGUGCAUUAAAGCCCUCGUUUUUCCUUCCUG